AUGGAGAGAAUCAGAGAGCGCCUUCAAUCUCUCCGUGUGGAAGCCGACAAUGCAGUUGCUCGCGCCGAGGAGGCGGAGGCCAAGAACAAGAAGUACGAGCAGGAGCUGCUCGAGAAGGAUCAGGAGAUCACGUCCUUGCAACAUAAGCUGUCCGUGAUGGAGGGGGACCUCGACAAAGCGGAAGGCAAGCUGCAAGAGGCGAAGGCGGCGCAGGAGGAGGGUGAUCAGAGCAAAACCGCGAAUGAAGGUCUACAGAGGAAGAUUCAGCUCCUGGAGGAGGAGCUGGAUGCCGCGGACAAGAAUCUUAAGGACGCGAUGGAGAAGCUGAGACAAGUUGAUGUCAAGGCUGAGCACUUCGAGCGCCAGGUGCAACGGCUCGAGCAGGAGCGCGACCAGUGGGAGAAGAAGUUCGAGGAGGCGCAAGCGAAGUACCGCGAGUCCAAGGCGGAGUUGGACGAGCUUGUCGCGAACAUGGAAGGCCUGUAA